GCGACUGGUGGGGCAACAUCGGAUCCGUACAUUUCCAUGGAGAAAGAAAGAAGCCAAAACAGAAAAAAUCUGACCCUUCAUUGCUUCCAUCGCCCCCAAUACUCACCGCCAAACACUUCAACCCACUGUUUCUUUUUCCCCUUCCUCUGUUGUUGACCCAAUUACAAAUUUCUUGCUCUCCAGUCUAUACCACAGGAGCCAUCAAUGGCCGCGUCUCUCUCCAUCUCUAGACUUCUCCUCUCUUCUCCCACAGCCGCCACCACAGCCACCACGACCAAAUCCCUCCUCUCUUCCAUUUCGCUCUCCUCCAGACUCUCUUUCCAUUCUCUCCCUCUCAAACACCAAUCCAAAUCCUUAAAAUUUAAAAGAUUCUCUACCAAAACAACCACCAUUUCCGCCGUCAUUUCCGUCGGAGACAAGCUUCCCGACGCCACUCUCUCCUAUUUCGACGCCGAUGGAGAGCUACAAACCACGACUAUCUCUUCUCUCACUUCUGGUAAAAAGGCAAUCUUAUUUGCCGUUCCUGGAGCUUUCACUCCCACUUGCUCACAGAAACACCUUCCAGGAUUCGUGGAGAAAUCCGCAGAGCUAAAAGCUAAAGGGGUUGAUAUGAUUGCUUGUAUAUCUGUUAACGAUGCGUUUGUUAUGAAAGCUUGGAAAGAGAAUUUGGGCAUUAAAGAUGAGGUGCUGCUUUUAUCUGAUGGGAAUGGAGAAUUCACGAAGAAAAUUGGGUGUGAAUUGGAUUUGAGUGAUAAGCCGGUGGGAUUGGGAGUUAGGUCAAGGAGAUAUUCUCUUUUGGCCGAGGAUGGAGUGAUUAAGGUGCUCAAUUUGGAAGAAGGUGGAGCUUUUACUUCCAGUGGAGCUGAGGAUAUCCUCAAAGUGCUUUAAUCUUUUGUUGGUGAGAUUUUAAUGUUUUGAUUUUGUUGUGUUUUAGAGUUUGAGGUUUCAUAUUAAUGUAAUAAAAUGGAUCGAACCUGAGUUUAAUUUUCGACGAAAGGGAACAGAAAUUCCUUGAUUUUAUAUAUUGUUGUUGUUGUCUUUCAUGGAA